AUGGUCGCGAUUCCCGACAACACGCCCGCGGAGGUGAGGGCGAAGCUCGAAGUUGCUGCGCUAAAGAAAGACGUCGGCGACCAGGCAUUCAAGGCGGGCGACCUGAAGGCAGCUCUGCGAGGGUACCACGAGUCGUUGCUCUAUCUCCAAGGGAUCGACAAAUCUGGCUUGAAAUCAGCGCUUUCGCCACCAAGCGCGGACGGCUCCCUGCCCCAGCAAAAGACGGCGGCGGACGAGAUGAUGGAGAAGAUCUACGCCAACAUGUCCGCGUGCCACAUCAAACAGGAGAACUGGAAACGCGCGGUAGAGACCGCGGACAAGGCUCUGUCUAAGAACGACACGAACUACAAGGCCGUGUUUCGCAAGGCAAAGGCGCUCGGCGAGCUCGGAUUCUUCGAGCGGGCAGAGCCCCUGCUCGAAGAUCUGAUCAAGAAGAGCCCCUCCGAUGCCCCUGCCGCGACUGCCGAGCUCGCACGCCUCCGGGCGAUGGACAAGGAACGCGACCGCGCGCACAAGCAGAAGUUGAAGGGCUGGUUGAAUCGCGAUAAGAAGACGACGCCGGUGGAGCCGCAUGCGGGUGCCCAGUCGUGA